AUGAUGGCCAGAGCGCAACAUCGCCGCACCCAAUCAGCCCCGCGUGGCUGUUCCCGGCACAGGAACCGCCGUGGCUCCGCCCCCCUCCCCCCCCUCCCCGUCCACGCAGGCGGCGCCAUGAAGUUCGGCAAAUACCUGGAAGCCAACCUGAGGGAGGAGUGGUACACGCAGUACCUGGACUACAGCGCGCUGAAGGACCUCAUCAAGCGGGCGUCCAACGCGGCGGACGGCAUCCACCCUGCGCCCCAGAGCCCGCGAACGACGUCACUCAGUGUGUCGCGCAACGGCGACCAUGAUUCCCUGAACGAGAAGUUCUUCGCGCUGCUCAACUCGGAGGUGGACAAGAUCGGCAAGUUCACGCAGCGGCGCGUGGACGAGCUUCGCCAGGCGCUCAGCAGGCUGGAGGCCAAGGUGGACGCGCGGCAGGGCGCCGACGAGAAGCAGGAGGCCGCCAUGCUGCUGGAAGCCACGCGGAUAGGGAACGAGUUCCUGGCCCUGGAGAAGUAUGUGAACCUAAACUACAUGGGCUUCCACAAGAUUCUGAAGAAGCAUGAUAAGAAGAUUCCCCAGACUCCAUGCCGGACUUUCUACCUCUCCCACUUGCACCACCAGCCCUGGGUGCGGGGCAACUACAGCAAUGUCUUGGUCACCCUGAGCAACAUACACUCAAAACUCCGGAGGGACAAAUCUGGGAAGAGGAAUGAGGACGCUUCACAGGGGUUUGUUCGUUCAACCACUAAGUACUGGGUGAUGAGCGAAGACGUCUCUACUGUAAAACAUGCGAUUCUGCAGCACUUGCCUGUGUUCCAAUUCAGCGAAGAGGACUGUGCGGGCGAUGCACAACUCACUAACUCUGUCUACCUGGACAACAGCUCCCUUGAGCUGUAUCAUGGCCGCCUUGACAAGAGGCCAAAUGCUCUUGCUGUUCGUCUCAGGUUGGAGUGUCACACACCUACACUUGUAUCUUAUCUUGUUCUUUCAUUGUUGCUAGAAACCGAGGUGGACAGUGCUGGCCUCAAUCGAAGGAUGAAUUCAGUAUUUUGGACGGACUGGGAGAUUCAUUGGCACUGA